AUGAGUACACAGCUGUUUUACAACUGUACGCUACCGCAAUUUGGUCCCAUGUGUCAAUAUUCGAUCGAUGAUUAUGAUCCUUAUCAAUCAUCAUUAAAUGAAAUCAUUUUUCAACUCUACUCGCAUGGAUAUGAACCGACUACAUUUACAUGUUAUGUCCAUUUGCAAUGUAAUCGUGGUCCAGCUCCGUCAUGUCUCGACUGGAGUGAAAUUUGUGAUGGAAAAAUCGAUUGCAUGGAUGGAGGGUAUGAUGAAGAAUAUUGUUGGCAACUUGAAAUCAAUGAUUGUGAAGAUGAUGAAUAUCGAUGCAGCAAUGGACAGUGUAUACCUUAUGCAUUCUUUCGUGAUGAUUCUCUUACUCCAGAUUGUCUUGAUGGGUCUGAUGAAGUUUCGAAGUUUCGAGAUGAACGCGAUAAUUGCGAUAAAAGUGGACCAACAUUUGCAUGUGAAGAUGUUGUAUGUACGUUUAAUCCUCACUAUUUUAAGAAUCCUUUGACAAGUUCAUGUGUGAAACAGCAUACUGAAUUACUCUUAAAUGUGAUGUUUCUGAACAAGCCAAAAUCAAUAUCUCAUUUGUGCUGGUUAAUAUUCAUGUGCGUUCUUCAUAUGCCAAAUGAUUGGGUAACCUAUGCAUGUACUUCACUGUGUGAAAACCAACAAUGUUCUGAAAUAAUAGAAAGUAUUUGUCCAGAUAUGCUUUAUCUACCACCUAUUCCAAUUUUGUAUAAUCAAGUCUACUUUGCAUACACGAACAAAAACAUAGAGUUCUCCGUUAUGUCAGCAGCUAUGCCUCAUUACAUCUGUUUUAAUGGCCAACUCUGUAGUCAAUAUUUCACGAAAUAUCAAUCUAUCAUGUUUAACAAUACUAUAUGUUAUCAUCCUGAUGAUUUAGGAUUAGGCUUUCAUCAAGGAAGAGAUACAUGGAUUGGUCUCUAUGUUUUCCCUGUAUUCAAACUACUGCAUAGAUGUUAUGAAGUCGUAAAUAGUAGCUCAACAUUCUGCAACAGAUCAACUAUGUAUCAAUGUAUGAACUCAUCUAAAUGUAUCUCUCGAAAUCGUCUGAAUGAUGGCAGUAUAGAUUGUUUUUAUCACGAUGAUGAACAAUUGAAUACAGUCAAUAACACUUGUUCAUUAGAACGAUUCAAAAAACAUUUCAAAUGUAUAAAAACGAAUCAAUGUAUUUCCUACCGAAUGGUCAACGAUGGCAUAUGUCAUUGUGAUGAGUAUGGGAAUGGAUUAUGUGAUGAUGAAUUAACUGAUGUUCACUAUGCUCGAAAUCAUAUUUCAUUUCAGAUAGUAUGCGAUGGUUUUAAUGAAUUGAUACCGGUAGUUAUUGAUGGACGAAAUGAAACAGACGAAACAGAAUGUGAACAAUGGCAAUGUAAUAAUACAUACACACGUUGUGGUGGUUUUUGGAAUUGUGUCAAUGGAGCUGAUGAAAUCGAUUGUGAUUCAUCAAGAUUAUUAGAUUGUCCUAUUCAUCAUCAUAUUUGUGUAUCAAUUGAAACGAAACGUCUCAUAUGUAUACCACUUAAAAAAGUUGAUGAUGGUAAAAUAGAUUGUCUUGGUGGCACUGACGAACCUAGAUUGUGUCGAGAAAACCAUUAUUUAGCUGGUGAUUACAAUUUUUAUUGCAAAAAUGACACGCGUAGAUCAUGUAUUCAUCCUGGAUAUCUCUGUGAUCGUUAUUACGAUUGUGAAUAUGGCGAUGAUGAACAAGUGUGUGAUAAGAAUAGAAACUUUACAUUAUAUGGAGGUGUUUGUUUCCCUAAUAAUGCCGAAAUGAGAUUUGAUAUCGAAAAGUUCUUUUGUGAAAGACUCCUAGAUACAAAUAAACAACGGAUUGUGCAUUUUUCACUAGGUAUUGAUCAAAACUCAAGUACUAAAGAGAGAAUAUCAAACGAAAAAAGAAUUCUUUCACAUACAUCUACCGGUCAAACUAAUAAUCAUUGUCAUCGUGGUUUUGAUUUAAGAGUCUGGUUAGACAAAGACAAGAAUUUGACAACAACCACAUGUCUUUGUCCACCAAGCUUUUAUGGUGAUAUGUGUCAAUAUCAAAAUCAACGCAUAAGUCUCACCAUGCAAUAUCGAGCUUUGUCUGAUGCAUGGAGAACACCAUUUGUUCUUAUUGUUAUGCUUAUUGAUGAUAGCGUUGAACGAACUAUACAUUCUCAUGAACAAUUCACUUAUCUACCAAUGAGAGAUUGUCAAAUCAAAUUUAAUGUUUAUCUGCUCUAUUCAACACGACCAAAAAACCACUCAAGAAACUAUUCGAUACACAUCGAUAUCUAUGAAAAGUUCUCGUUAGCUUAUCGUGGAAGUUGGUUAUUGCCGUUGAAAUUUCAAUUUUUGCCUGUACAUCGCCUUGCCGUUCAACUGGAUAUUCCACGCACCAUUGAAAUCAUUAAAAGUUGUUCAGACCGACAAUGUGUUCACGGCCGUUGUAUUAUAUAUACAAAUAAUCAGAAUGGCUCUAGUUUUUGCCAAUGUAAUCAAGGAUGGUCUGGGCGAUAUUGUACCAUUCCACACGUUUGUACGUGUUCAUAUGAUUCUCUGUGUGUUGGCAUCUUAGCUAACAAUCGAUCUUUGUGUGUUUGUCCAAUGAAUCGAUUCGGUCCUCGAUGUUUAUUACACAAUACAUUAUGUGAACUUGAUAAAAAUACGAAGUGUCUCAAUGGUGGACAAUGUACUCCAAUUGAUGAACAUAUUAUAUCUGAAAGAAAAUUUACGUGCAUUUGUUCGAAAGGUUUUUCGGGAGAUAGAUGUGAAAUAGCUGAUAAUAAAAUUAUUAUUUCAUUUCACAAAGAUAUUCCUCUAUCAUCAGCGAUGCUUGUACAUUUCAUUCGAGUAAUGAGUAAUGCUUCACCUGAACGUGCGACGACCUUAAAAACAAUUCACUUUCAUGCGAAGUCAGUGACUAUUCAUUGGUCACGUCCAUUUCAUCUUGUCUUUAUCGAACUGUUUAAUAAAAGUUAUUAUUUAGCUGUUAUUCAAAGAACAUUCUAUCCAUCAACAACAAUUAUUAGAAAAAUUAUAUCAUCGGACCGCUGUGAACAUAUCAACGAACUAUUUAAUGAAACGAUCAUCAAAUUGCAUCUUCUUCGUCGUAUUAAAUAUUAUCAUGUUCCAUGUCAACGAUACUCGCCAAAAUUAUCAUGUUUUUACGACGAUAUUCAUCUUUGUCUAUGCAACGAUCAUGGUUGA